UUUCCUCCAGAACAUUGUGCCGGGGCUACUAUCGCAGCAGGACCAGCACGCACAGGAAGCUGCUCUUCCCGAAAAUGCUAACCAUCCUACUGUUGGAAAUGAAACCUUCCGAAGCAUCACUAUCUCGGCCUGCCUGGCGCGACAAUGCGCAGUUGUCCAGGGCUUGCAGGACAUGCUUGAAGAAGAACAAGAACUGGAAGAACAGCACCCGAACCAACCUGCCAAAGACCUUAAUGACACUCAACCAUCAAAGCCAGAUCCCGCAACAGCAAGCUCGACUUUCAAUCCCAGCUCUUCAGCUGCUACCCCAGCAGCAGCCCUUUCAACUUCAUCAACAACAGCUACCGUGACGCUUCCUUGCGUCCCCGCAAGCAUUCCCGGGCGCGGCAUUCAGCUGCUAGACCGUUGGGCACAGCAGCAACAGCAAGCGCUGGACUCCGGCCGCACCCUUCAGGACUGGCUCCCCGGCUUCCUAGCUGCCAACCUCGCAGACGUGCUCGGCCCAGCCGCCUGUGCAGCCGAUUUCCUGGGCUGUCAGACCUUCCAGGACCUAGUCCUGCAGCUGCAGCUGCUGCGAUGGGCGCUCCAGGACCCGUCUCCCUCUCCCUCCUCCUUUGCAGCGCCGUUCAGGAGUUUGCUGCAGUGGUGGAGGAGCGCUGGUGGCCGCAGCCGCAGCGGCGGCAGUGGUGGUGGUGGUGGCAGUGGUGGUGACGGGACGGCUGCGACGGCUUCAGCAGGGCUUGGUGAUGGCGAGCCGGUGCUUACGGAGGCCCAGCUGCGGCUGCUGCCCUGCCUGCAGCCCCAGCAGCCCCAAGAGCGACCCACGGGUCAGUCCUCAUCACCUGACGCAGCACCGGCCGCAGCUGCCGCUGCCUCCGCAGCAGCAAUGCCUCCCCAGCCAGCGCAGCAACAUGCAUCCGGUCCAUCCGCAGCAGACACACUGCUGCCGCGCCGGCUAAUAGUGCCGGACGAGUUCGAGUCACUGGUUUCGGAGCUGUACGACAGUGGUUUGGUGACGUACACGAGCGCGCAGGUUGCCGACGUCAGGCGGUAUUUGUACGCCCUGGGCUUCAUCCCCGGCUGGAGCUGUGCCGUACAAGGCGAGAGGCAGCAGCGGCAGGGAAAGUCGGUGUAUGCGAGUCUUGAGGUGCGGCCCCUGCCACCGGGUUACGAGGUGGCUGCAGUGGAGGUGGAGGCGGAGUCGCAUGAUCAGGGCUGGAGCAGCUACCCCGAGGACCGCAACACCCGCAACAACUCAUGGACCUGGGUAGAGCUGCAACUGUACGACACGCACGGCGACCUCGUACCUGCGGGCGUACACCGGCGGGCCCAUGACGGCGGCAGCGGCGACGGCGGUGAUGGUGGUAGCGGCGACGGUGGCGGUGGGGGGGAGAGGCCGCGUCUGUUUACCAACCUGCAUGCCAUCAGUGCCUGGCAGACUCAUGCCGUGAAGCUGGGCCCGGAAAGCGACCUGGUGCGGGACCUCAACGCUGUGCUGGCGGGCAGGGUGGCUGCGGUUGCUGCUGCUGCCGCUGCUGCACCUGAGGCGGCCUCAACCGCUGCUGAGCAAGCAGUGGCUUCGGGUUCGGCCGGGGCCGAGGUAGGAGCAGAGCGGUGGGGCGAGGUGAGCGAAGAGGGAGCCAACCGUGACGGUAACGGUAACGGUAACGGUGACGGUGGUGGAAGAUGCAGUCUUGGGCUACUGAUGUGUGCGGCCUUCCCGGGCUGGGUGUGCUACAUGCGGCGGGGCGGGAUUACGGUGGAGGCGAGGCCAGUGUACAUCAGUGCAGGUGUAGGUAGUAGAGCGCUACGAUGAUUCUGAUAAAGGCACUGUUUGCUCAGGCUAAUAGGUUAGGGUGGAUGGCAGACCUUGACGGCUAAGCUCCUUAACGGCCUCAAUGUGCUUCCAUGGACAUGAGUUGGCACCGAGCACCUCUAUGCCC